AUGGAUCCGAGAAAGUUAUCUCUGGUAGUCUUCGUUGUCCUGCUUGCUUCCUACCAUCCAACGGCAGCAAUUGAAAGCAUAAAUGAAACUCUAUUGAGGUUUAAAAAUUACAGAGGCUGCUAUGCCGUCAAUACUAUUCGUGAUUUUCCACAUUCAUCCCCAACCAUAAAUAGAUGUUACACUCAGUGCAAACCAUCCAACAGUUCAUAUUAUGGCAUGACAGCCAGACGUACGUUUCGUCUCUCACGAGACUCGUCAGUAGCCUGCCGAAUAAGGUUUAAGAUAACACAACUCAAUUAUUGUAACCAAGAAACUCAAAUUGAGGUGUCGCGACCAAUAGUAAACCAAGUUGUUCUGGUCGGUUGUUUCAAUGUUAUCUCGUUUUCUUUGCUACAUAAGGUCCAGAUUCAUCUAUCCGUAUUAAUGUGCCAAGAAACAUGCUUCAAAAAUAUGUGUAAAUAUUGCUUCGUGUCAAAAAAUAUAUUUAUUAGUGCUUACAACAAAAACACGGUGCAUCCAAAGACGCUUGACUUCAUGCUUCAACACAUUGCAUGUUGUAAGGGCCCAACACACGAUCCGGCACUGACUAUUCAGUUCAGACCAAAUUUCAGAAUUGAUAUCAGAAUCAGCAUAUGCCAGCUGAACAUAAACUGGAGGUUCUUCUUGUAUUCGAUUCCGAAAAAAUGCUAUUGUACGAAUAGAGUUGAACUCUUCAUGCAGGCACAACUUCGUAAAUGUGAUAAUGAUCCAAAAAAUUAUAGUUUACUAUACGACGUUUCUCUGGAUAAAAAUAAGUACACCCCUUCAACAAUAUACCAAUUCUGCCUGAAUGACGAGGAAGAGAGCACCAAGAAUUAUUGUGCAUCCUCAGUUUGUUUGCCAGGCUGGAGCGGAAUAAUUUGCCAUGAGAAAGAUAUGAAUAAUUCCACGAGUCAAGGGAUGACAAUUACUACCGAUUUGACCAACAUCACAACUAUGAUUUCUGAAAACGGUUGCCGAAAGAACAAUGGAGGGUGCGGUGAUGACAUUUGUUUGGAGUUGAAACACGAGGAUAAGAAAGUUGAUGGCUUGACGUUUGAAGUCAAAUGCAACCCGCCUGAUGAAGAAAUGUUCAGCUUUGAUGAUGAAGUUAAACCUCAAAGCAGCAUGGACUACAAAGGUUGUUUUGCUAAAAUGAAGCAUGUUAAAAUGCUUAGGAUCCAUAUGGUUAAAUCUUGCUUUGAAUAUUGUAAAGAAACUUUAUUCUACGGAAUGAAGGAAGGCAUACUGUGCAGCUGUGGAAACAAUGUCGACUACGAAGUUAAUGCCGAGAAAUGCAACACAAAAUGUUCAGACGGAUUAUCGUGUGGAGGACUUUCUUUCUACUCUGUAUAUGCCAAAAAAACGGACAAAAUAAUUGACAUCGGAUGUUUCAAGCAUUUGGAGCUUGAGGAUAAACAUGAUGAUGUAUUGGAUAAACAGAUUUGUUUGAAAAAGUGCAAAAAGCUUGGCUUUCCAUACAGCGGAAUAAAUGUAAAUUUAAAAAAGUUAUUUUUCCAGAGCAAAACAUGCCAGUGCGGAAAAAAAUUGAAGUUCAAGGAUCAAGUGAACUUCGAGCAGUGCAAACAACCCUCCGAGUUUACUCUGCUUAGCGAUCUAUCUCCCGAUCUCAAUGUACGCGGGGAGUCAACGAAGUACAACUACUGUAUAAAUGAUAAGGAAGAAAGUAGGAAAGCAUACUGUGGAUCUGGAGUCUGUUCGUCUGGUUGGACUGGAGUUCUUUGUGACAAGAGAGGUUUCCUCGUUGAAUUUUGA